UUAAGAUUCCAACCCAUGUUCCUCAGGUUGAACGGAAGAGAGAUGGCCAGAAUGCACCACAUCCAGCCAGCCAAUGGGAAGAUCCCCGAGCCUAGCCUCUUCAUUAAAAUGUCCAAAUACUUCACCCUCAUUCCAGACAGUUUCCCUGAUGCUGAGAAAAACCAAAGGUACCAGCAGGAGAUCCCCAGCACUUCCCAGCUGCAGCAGGAGAUGGAGAGUCUCAAGGGGGCGCUGCUGCCACUCAACUCACCUGUCGUCUUCUGUCAUAAUGACCUGCUCUGUAAAAACAUUGUCUACACAGAGGCUGAAGACAAGGUGACCUUCAUAGACUACGAGUAUGCCAGCUACAACUUCCAGGCCUACGACAUUGCCAACCACUUCGAUGAAUUUGCAGGUGUAGAUGAGGUUGACUACAGCCUGUACCCAGACAGGGAGUUCCAGCUCACCUGGCUCAGGAGUUACCUGCAAUACUUCCACGCAGACCGGCCAGAACCAGUCACGGACAGGGAGGUGGAGAUAUUGUAUGUCCAGGUCAACAAGUUUGCCUUGGCUGCUCAUUUCUUCUGGGGACUGUGGGCACUCAUCCAAGCCAGGUUCUCCGCCAUUGACUUCGACUUCCUGGACUAUGGCAUCCUACGGUUUAAUGAGUAUCUCAAGAGGAAGGACGAGUUCUUGGCAUUACAACUUCCUGAGUGAAGAUCGUUAUGUCUCGAGUGAAGAUUAUCUUGACCAGAAUGUCCUCCCACCAUGUUGUACAUAUUGCUGUAAUUCUUGAUUUUUUCACGACACUUUCAUGUUUGCGGUUUUCAUGGUCACUGACUUCUGUAUCACGUACUUAUCAAAUGAUAUGCCAACUUUCUUUUUCUGCACCUGCCGCCUGAACAUCUCCAUUCAGUUUCUCAGAUACGAACUUUUGCAACCGUGAACAGUGAAUUACCGUGAAACAUUGAAUUACAGUAUUUCCUGCAAUGCUAUAAAGAUGAGAUGAGAUUUAUCAGUUUCACCAUUUUGACGAUUGAUCAUAAAAGAUUAUGAUCACUUUCAUAACUGAUUAACAACUAGGCGUUGAUGAAGGUUAGACAUCCAGGUAGAACAUUACAUGAUGCAAAACAUGAAGUCGGAGAUCACAUUUCUCCAUGAUAUAUUCAGAGCUUUUGUAAAAGUUUGUUAUUUUGGAUUUUUCUCAUUGAUUAUGGUCUACGGGUGGCUGGGUGAGCAGGUGAUCAUGAGUAAGACGAGCAGAGGAAAUAAGGUUGUAAUCAACAAAUCUUAAUUUGUGGUUUCUUAACUCAAAUUACAUUUAUUUUACAUGUGAAAGUGCUAUAGUUUGGCAAUGUUUCAAACACACACAUAGACACACCAAAAACAAUACCUCCAUUUUUCAUGCAGGUAAUAAAUCAACAGGAUAAACUUUCUGAGGAGUCAGAUGCUUAAGACAGCAUCCACUACCAGUAUCAUCAGUGACUGAGAAUCAGCCUGAAGACAAGAGUAACCUGUAUAUAAGUACACGUACAUGUACAGACAAGUGGAUUUGAUCGUUUAGCUUAUUAGGUUCUGAAACAGAAGUGUUAUUCGAAGCUUCAACCUGCUUCUGCAGAAUACUAGUAAUGUGUGGAAGGUUACCUGGCCAUUUCUACUGUACUGGUGAACUUUCCAGGAGGUAUGCUGUCCAAACUUUACAUGCACAUGUAUGUGUUGACAGAUUUGCCAGGUAUGGGCAUGGACAGGUAUGGGAGUGUGCCAUAUAAUGUCUUGCUGCUCUGCAAUGUUAUUCAGUUUUGCUCACUAUGAAUUGCUUACCUCAUAAUUGAAUGUAUCUAUUGCUUGGCAUUUUGUGUUGUACAUGUAUAAAAUAUAUUUUUAUUUGAGGUUCAUGACACCAGCAAUUGCUUGUGUGCUUUUAUACAGGGUAUUAAACUCAUUUGAAUUUUAAGGAAGACAGUAGGAGAAGAACAAUCAAAAGUCUAUUGCAUUGGGACACAUUUUAGCCCUGAACUAGUGUUAUGAACAUGUGAACCUAAUGUUAUGAACAUGUGAGAUAGGUAGCACAGCAAUGUGGGAUUGCUGGGUUGACACAGACCAGACUUCAGCCUUGC